AUGGCCUCUAAGGAUGGAGCCAGGGAGAGGGACACCAGUGCCAGCCAGAGCACAGAGGAGGAUCUGGCCGGCCCAGCGAAGGAGGCAGCUGUGGUAACAGGCAGUGAGAGUGCUCCACCGUGCAAGACCCCGCUCAUCUGCUGCGCAGAUGGCCUCGAUCGGGACACCUUUAAAAUCUGCAAGGAGCUUUUGAGACCCUUUAAGAAGUCACUUCGGAAACUGCAUUUGCCCCAGCACCUCCCCAAGGAGGAAAAACUGAAGUACACGAGGAAAAGUUUGACCAUAAUCGGGGAACGCAUCGAUCUGUUUCUCCAGCGGUACUGCAGAGCCUCGGAAGUCAAGCACUGGCAGAAGAUGUUCUGGCGGUUCGUCUCCCUCUUCUCAGAGACGGAUGCAAAGCAGCUGCAGAAGCUGUAUAAGUACCUCAAGAACAAUCGAAUGGACAAGUUUCUG